AUGAAUGUAUCCACAUCAACACCAUAUGAGUUUGGCCACCUUCAUCAAACAUCAAGCCAGCCUCAACCACAACAACCACAGCAACCAUCAGAGCAACUGCCACAAUCACAAAAUCGCAUUUUUGAUUCAGUAGAUCAAGCUGUGACCCGAUCCGAUGCCGUCGUUGUGAACAACCAGGCAGCUUCUCCUCCUGAUUUACUGCACGAUUCUGAAGAAGAUGACGAGGAUUCAUUGUCUACACCCUCUAUUUCUUUAUCGCCAAAGCAGGGAUUUUUGUCGACUAACACAAGGGAUCAUAAAAAUAGAUCAUAUUCUCAUGGUGAUGCUGUUCGUCCCUUUUUAGCACUCCAUCAUCGCAGAAAGUCAGUGCCUCAUCGAUCGCCUUCCAUCGUGGGCGACGCUCUCCAAGCAUCGCUUCUAGAUAAAAGCGUCGUGUUUCAAUUAAAUGUGCAACAGCCUCACACAUCUGAUUCAUCAUUAAAAUCACCUAAUACCACGGAAUCAGCACCGACACAUCAUGAUGAAAGCGGUUAUACAGCCAAUCAAUCAUGUCCAGAUUGCGGAGAUGCAUGUGACAUAAAGUGCACAUCCAAGGUCAUCUGUGGUCAAUCAUUGUUGUCUGCUCUGCGCAAAAGAGUUGCUUAUGCUCGUAGUCUAAAGCAGGAGGAUGAGCUACCAGCAAAGCACCCUCGUAUGUCCCGUCGUAAGCGUACUCGCACCGCAAGUAUCAUUGAAAUUCCCAGAUCAGCUCAUCGUCGCACUAGCACCUCAUCUGAUCAGAGUGCUGGUAGUUCAAAUGGUGCUACGGAGCAAUCCUCUGCCAUGUUCUCUCCUCAUCGACCUUCAGAUCAACAAUUCUGUUAUCAACAGCAACACCAGCAGCCACCCUAUCCACAUCCCAAUGAAGAAGACGGCGUAUACGAAGAAGGAGAUCAACAUCAAGUGAAACGUGUAAAAAAAUCGAAUACAGCUCGUCGUCAAUCAUCCACUGCUCAUGGUCAAUCAUCUGGUCGCCCUUCUCGAGUCAAAGGCCCCUGUCAAGCCUGUCAAGAAGCAUCCGAUGGCUGUAUGCGUAAGGCAUUCAACUGGCCCUUCCCUGCUAGCCAGAUCUUCAACGAUAAAGGAAAACCUUUUGUCUAUCUCUGCAACAAAUGUGGCCUUCGAUACAACAAGAGCGGUGGAUGUGUUUGCCGCAAUUGUCGUUGGGUCUUUUGUAAAGAAGAAAAGCGCAAGGCCUUGCAACACAUUGAUGCUAUGCGUCGCAAGCGUCCUGACGGCGAAGUUGAUCCCAAUGAAGACAUUGAGCAUUUUGUCUGUAGCCCUAAAUACUGGACGUGUGGUAAGCCUUGGAAGGUUGGAUGGGUGUUGGAUAACGUGGACGAAGACGAUGAAGAGUCUUCCAACGUAGCUACUUCUCCUACUCCAUCCCAUGCAUCCUAA